UUGUGUACGUCUCUGCAGAAAAAGUGUCCAUUAUGUUGAUCUCGAGUGGUGGUUAUUAACGAGCGCUUGUAACAUGUCUCGUUCUGCGACUCGCUUGGCAAAUCUUUCUUCAAAAACACAGCAGCGUUCUCGAUCCAAACCUUCAUUUUACGGAGAGAAAGCGUCUAGAGACACAGGCCCCAUUAUACCACACCAUGAAGCUAUUCCUGAGUCACCGGGCACCAGAAUUCCUCCUUUGCAGAGCCCAAACCGUUUUGGUUUCAUCGGAGUGAGACGAUCUGGAUAUUCGCCAGCCCGGAGCAGCAGCAGCAGCGGGGAUACGGUUGAACACCCGCAGAUUAUAUGCAAACGGUCGAUGGAACCUCCUGUGGCUCUUGCUGUGUUACACGAGCAGAAUGCGCGGGACGGGCCUCGUCCUGGGAAGACCAAGCAACAUCGUCCUGCGAUUGCUCCUCAUACCUUCCCGCCUCCUCAACCAGCGAAUGGUGUUCGUCAGCAUAGCUUUGCAGUCCCUCGUGUUCCCAAGGCAGCUUUAAGAAAUGGUGAGUUGAUUUUCAUCUCUGUUUCCUUAUCUUUCCUCGCCGUCAAGGUCGCGUGGUGA